CUAAAAGACGCCUCCAAGAACGAGCAUAAUGUCUGUCAGCAAGAAGUAUGCUGGGCUGCCGGAUCUGGACGCUGCCCCGGAGGUAUAUGAAACGCCAGAACUCGCAGACGAUGUCUCCACGUUGCCAACGGGGACGGUACGCACAAUCUCACCCUCCCCGUCCGAUGAUGACGAAUCCCGCCCCGGUCUUGACCUCCAUCCACUCGACCGUGAGGGUGCCCGGCGGAGGUUUGAACCCUCGGUAGUUGACGCCAGGGAUGUCGACUUCUCAGACUCGAUUGGUGGCGCCAGACGCGCAUAUCGGACGCGCAGUUCGCGCCGGAGAAAACGGUGGCUUCAAGGCAACGGAAUAGAGGAUGGUGGCGAUCUGAGUGACAGCGAGGAGGAGACGCUGGCCACAAGAUUGGCGAGGUUGAAGAGAGAGGCCGAGGAGGUCCGGCUGGAACUGGAGAGGAGGGAGAAAGAGAAAGAGAAAGAGCAAGAGAAGGAUGAGGACGGGGAGUUCAAGGAUAGCCUAGAGGAGCAGCAACAACACCACCAAGGAGCUGGCGGCGCGGGUGCUGAGGAUGAAGACGUGGACGUGGAUGGCGUGCGAGAACUCAGUCGAGUGUUGGACGGUUUGAGCAUCAAAGCCAAACUGAGGACCGGCACCUCCGCCGAGGACGAAUUCUUGUCAAGACUGACGUCGAGUUCACUCCACGGCGAGCAGCGGCAUCAGCAGAAAGAGACCGGCACGAUAUCCUCGAACACAACAGCAAUGCAAGCAGCACCGGCCACCCUCUCUGCGGUGGCAGCCUUCUCCGAUCGACUCACCGCCCUGGAAUCCGCCCUAGGUGUCUCCUCUACAAGUGCAGCUUCCCGGACUGGAGCGAUCCUACCUACGCUGGCAAGCUUGUCCACACAGGUCACCACCUUAUCCGCCACACUCGCACCACAAUCAACCUCGUCAGGGGAAACCCUGUCUGCAUCUGCAUCUCAAACCAGCACGGCCCUCCUGGAGACCGUUUCUGCCAAACUCAAGACCCUCAUCGCCGAGUCCGACCGACUGGCCGCUUCCCGCAAACAAGCCCUCGCCUCACUGGCCGACCUCCACGACAAACGGAUGCAACAACUGGUCUCCGCGACCGUGCAUUCAAACACUCGCCCCCGCAUCCGCGGGCUCUCCACCACGAGCACUUCCGCCGUCGCCCACGCGCACGCCGCCGAGAACAAACAAGGGGAGAUCCCCGCCGACGUCGGCCCCGGGGACGAAUCUCUCCAGAUCCAGAGCAAGCUCUUCUUGGACGAGCAGUCGUCCAAGAUCACCGCGCUGUACAACGUCCUCCCCACCAUCCAGAACCUGCAACCUCUCUUACCUGUCGUGCUGGAGCGGCUGAGGACAUUGAGCGUGAUCCACAACGGCGCGGCGCAGGCCAAGGGGUUGGUGGACGAGUUGGAAAGCCGGCAGGGGGAGAUGAAGGAGGAGAUUGCAAGGUGGAGAGAGGCAGUCGAGACGGUGGAGAAGGGCAUGGGGGAGUUGGAGAGCGUGAUGAAGGAGAACGUCGAGGUCCUCGGGGGCAGAGUAAGAGAGGUGGAGGCUCGGAUCGAGAGGUUAGAGGGCACCAGGUGAUCAGGAAGGCUGUAAGGAAACCAAGUUUUGGGGGGAAAUUGAAGAGAUUUCAUCUCCGUCUUCGUGGCAUAAUGCCGCCCUACGCCCUCUUCAGAAUAUAUAACCGGUUCUCCAGCCCCCAGUGCACCCACCACCCUUUCG